CGCGACAUGACGCAGCGACCGUGUACCAUAUGCUGACUGCUGACUGCUGACUGCUGCUGACUGCUGACUGCUGCUAGAUGCCUGCACUGGCUGAACUUGCUCUACUUGUAGAUACCUACUCAGAUCCAACACAAGCUGACGGGCUCAUCACUUGGGCCAACGCUGAGGGCGAAUCCUUGCUAAAGAGCUACAGAGACAAUCCAGAUGGAAAUAAUGCUAGCUUGAGCCAUGACUUGUGCUUUACUCUCAAGGCUACUGAACAAGUCACUCUAGAUGUGACGCUGCCUCAAGGCUAUCCAGAAAAAAGACCACUCAUCCGGUUUGUAGGCAUGACCUCAAGGGAGCAACAUGAGGAGCUCAAUGCAAUCAGCAAGACCACCGCAGAGAUGAGCCAGGCCGACGAUUUACCACUCUUUGCCAUCUAUCAGGCCGUACUUGAGCACAUUGGCUCUUGGCAGGAACCCUUUAGUGGGUCUGCUGAAAAAUUACAAGCAGAUGCCACUUCGAUCCACAUCCCAUCCUUCAGGCGACGCAUCCUCUUCUGGAGUCAUCAUCUCAUUGCGGACAGCAAACGCAAAGACCUCCAGACAAUGUCCAGCUCGAGUCUCGUCAUCAUUGCCAAGAUCGGAUGGCCUGGAUACAUCGCCGCUGAAGGAGAUGCUGAUCUUGUGCAAGAUUUCAUAAAAGAGGUCAAGACUUGGCGUUGGCAAGCCAUCACACUGCGAUUUGAUAUCAUGGAAGAGAGCAGCAAACCUGCUUUGCUCAACAUGCUCAAAACAUACACAGAGGUGGGCUCGCUUGCUGAAUUGUCGCAACUACUCGCAGAUGAACCAGGCUGGUUCGAGGCUGGCAGGCAUUGA